AUGCUAUUGGUGAAAGCUUACAUAUUUACAGCUGAUCCUAGUUCCUUUCCCGAUAAUUCUACAACAACGACUCCAGUCAUGGAGGCAGUGAAAAUUAAGUGUCCCUAUAUGAUAUUGUUGCUUGAAAGCUACGGAGCUGAUCUUACCCGCACCGAUAACAUUGGUCGCAACGCUCUGCACCACGCGGCACUUGGAAAUGAUAUGGCAUCAUGCAUAAUUCUCGUUGGUAAGAAUUGUCCCCUGGACAAACGCGAUGACUUCGGCUUCACUCCUCUUGUUCUGGCCAUUAAGAGGGGUAAUUUGGAGAUGGUUAGGUAUUUAGUGAAAAGUGGAGCUGCCGUCUAUCCAGAUAAUGUGCCUCUCCAUAGCAUGCCUCUUAUCGCUGCCACCUACUUUGCCAACAUUGAUAUCUUGAGUUUCCUGUUGUCCGUUCCAGAAACGAAUGAGAGGAGGAAGGAUAUGCAAAUGAAUUAUGCACUUUGUUUGGCAGUUCAUAUUUCCCGGGAACCCCUAGUCGAAUUAUUGAUUAGUGAGGAAGCUCCAUUAUGUCGCUGGAAUGCUGGCGAUAUUUCACCCUUAGACUUUGCUAUUUUGGACGAUAUGCAUGAAAUGGCCUCAUUGUUGCUAGCAGGUGGUGUAAAUGUUAAUGAAAGAGAUCAUUUCGGUUACACUCCACUCAUGCAU